UUGCCCAUACAUGACUUGCGUAAACCCGUCCAUUGAAUCAGGAAGUAAUAAUUUGCAGCGGUUCCUUGAUGAGAAAUGUUAAUGUACUAGGGCAGUCUAGAAUCUUUUGUUUUGUAUCGGCAAAUAUAGGCUAUUAGAGUUGCGCACUGGAAAAUAUAAUAUUCGUGGACGGGAGCCUAUCUUUUGGUGUAAGUCUUUUUAGUGUGCCUUUUUAUUCUCGGAAAGUACCCGGAAGACUUGAAUUUGACACCUUGGCUAAGGUAGGGUAAGUAGAAUGGAUGUUCCUCACCUGACAGAAGAUGAAAUGGCAGAUAUUAAAAAAGAGGUCCUAACGAGGAUGCGACCGUACCUCUGUGAUAAGAUCCGGGUCGACCGCCAUUUUGACUACCUGCGCUCGCGUAAGAUCCUGACGCGGGACGACACAGAGGAGAUCAGCUGCAGGAGCACGCAGCGCAAGCGGACGGGCAUGCUGCUGGACUACCUGGCUGAGAACCCUCGUGGGCUGGACGCCCUGGUCGAGUCCAUCCAGCAAGGACGUACCCUCAACUUCAUCAUCACCAAGAUCACUGAUGAGGUGCAGAAAGUGAAGAACGAGAGGAUAGAGGCUCUCAGAGCAGGGGCAUCCAGUUCCUCCUCGGGCUUCCUGCCGACCCAGGACACAUCCGGGGUCACUAAAGACCUCUCCAGGACACUGUCAGAUGAGUCCAACCUGACAUCCACCAUGCCGUACAACAGAGAGGGGAGCCCAUCCACCUCUGACGCCCUAAGAUCCCUCAACCUGCCCACUGCCUCCAGCCAAGGGAAGGAGGUGUCGUCAUCCAUGGGAGGGGGUAGCAUGGCUGUGUCUUCAUCCCAGGCCUCGUCCACACUGCCCAGGCCUGGAGACCCAGGGGCUCCCCCCCUGCCGCAGGAGGCCUUAUCUAACAUGGAUGCUGGACCACAUGGGAGCACGGCGAUCAGCGGAGGGGACGCCAACUUCCAGCCCCUGAGGUCACGCUCAAUCACCCCCACUUCCACGUCAUACAGGGACUUCUCGCCUCGGCCCCCACCUAAAUCUUACUGAGGACCGCCCCUUGCCCUGGAAUGCCUCCCAUAUCAUUACUCAUCACAAACAUUCACUCUUCAAUUGUAUUGUGUUUGUACAAGUGUAUGUGUUUUCUCAAUGGUUUUAGUUCAGUGAUACAUCAAACAAAUACCAACUCAUAAAGUAUGUUCCAUGCCUUAAAUUUUACUCUGGGUUAUUAGAAAGCUGGACAAACUUAUUUUGGAUUCAAUGAAGAACCGUACAAGUAACUACUUACUAAUCAUGUCUCAAACAUAAGCUGUACCUUCAUGAAUUUUACUCUGCUCCUAUCAAGUCCUCUUUCAUAAGAUGCCCCUUACCCAUAGAGAGACGGAUUGAGACAUAGGUACAUUUUAUUCUGGACUUGGACUAAAGUUGUAGGUCAUCAUUCUCCAUCGACACUGCUGCUCAUCUCCUUUCCUAUGAAUUAUGGGUGUGUGAGUUCUUAAUGAGAGACUGGCAUCAACAUGCCACACCAUGGCAGCUACAGUAGAGAUGUGUCCUUGUAAGGAGCCCAGAGCACCAGAAGACAACUUCUCUGUAUUGACACAUAAUACGGGAAUGAAUGGUUCAGCAUAUGCAUUAAGGCACACAAACUGUAGUCACAAACUUUGGUAGGCCUACACUGAAAUGGUUAAUGUUUUUACUCUAGACUAUAGUAUUGAUAUACUAUAGAUACAUUUUCUUAUUGUGAAAGUGCAUGAAUGUGUAAUGUGGUGCAACGAUGUUACUUACUAUCAAAAAGUUCACUUUAAUACCUGCUAUUUUGAUAAUUGAUGUACUAGUACUUUUUAUAUUUGAGAUCUUGAAAAUCUAGGCCUUCUAUAAAUAAAUCAAAGGAAUAUGAGACACAG